AGCUGCCAUCGGCACCUCUCUUUCUUGCGACGAUUGUCACAAUUUUCACAUUGUAAAAGCAGACCGGCGGCCAGUACCACAUCAAGAUGAACGCGGAAAAGCUGAAGAAGAUGCAAAAUGAGGUGCGUAUCGGCGGCAAGGGCAUGCCUCGCCGCAAGAAGAAGAUCGUCCACACGAGCUCGGCCGUCGACGACAAGAAGCUGCAGAUGUCGCUGAAAAAGCUCGGGGUCAACACCAUUCCCGGAAUUGAGGAAGUGAACAUGAUCAAGAACGAUGGCACGGUGAUCCACUUCAACAACCCAAAGACUCAGGCGUCGCUGGCCACCAAUACGUUUGCUAUCACGGGCCACAGCGAAUCGAAGCAGAUCACCGAAAUGCUGCCCAAUAUCAUCUCCCAGCUUGGUCCAGAAGGGCUGCAGCAUCUGAAAAAGUUGGCUCAUGCUGAGGCCGCCAACGAAGAGGAUGACGACGUACCGGAGCUGACGGAGAACUUUGAAGAAGUGUCGAAGAAGGAGGCCGAGAAUGCCGCUAGCCCUAAGGCAUCAGAGGUCCCGGUUUCCUCAUAAACUCCUUGUAACUUCUUCUACUAGUAUAACCUCUUCCGUUUCGUUUUAUUCCCCAUCAUGAAGUUGACUCCAGAGCAGUGGAAAACAGUGCAGUAAACAAUGUACACAGUCCUUGCUGCUAAAAAAACGAAUUCAUCGCAAUUUUGUCGCAUUCGGCUUGUUGAACUCUGAAUCAUCCUCAUGUACUCUUCUUCGAUCCGCACUCCUUAUUUCGGAUAUUUUUUCGUAAGCCCAUGGUAAUGGAACUGCUUUGUUGAACAACCAAGUUGUGCGGUGCCGCUUCGUCGAUUGAUUCUGUACGACAA